UAGUAAUCCCAUGAAUACUAAGUUGUUGUUCUUUUGAAGUAUCAAACAGCGUGUGUCUGUUUUUGGCGGUUCCUUCGACAGUCUCUUCUAUUCAUUUGGUUUCCCAUUAAAACUUUCUCCAGUUUUCUUAGAUUUUCUCGCCAACCUACCCCAGAUACAUACAUAAUUUUCUCUUGUAUAUUUCUUAUUCGUCCGACAAUGCUUUUGCAUUCCAUCCACUUCAUCUGUUCUUGACUUCCGCGUCUGUUUUAUCAAUUCGUGGGUAUUUGGAGUGGACGAGAAUGGGAUUUCUGAGCAGUUUAUUGGAUAUUGUUGGUUUUGGAAUUGGAAUCCCAUUUGGGCUUUUGGUGGGGUUUUUCCUUUUUGUUUAUUCCCAGCCCAAGGAUGUACAGGACCCAGAUGUCAGGCCACUCUCUGAGCUUGAUUCAAGCACUCUGAUGGAUCUUCUCCCUGAACUUCCAUUCUGGGUGAAAAAUCCCAACUACGAUCGAGUAGACUGGUUAAACAAGUUUAUCUUGAAUAUGUGGCCUUACCUUGAUAAGGCAAUUUGUGACACAAUUAGAAGCAUGGCACAGCCCAUAUUUGCUGAAUACAUUGGGAUGUAUCAGAUUGAAGCAAUUGAGUUUGAGAAGCUGAGUCUUGGAACCCUUCCUCCUAUACUUCAUGGUAUUAAGGUGUAUGAGACUAAUGAGAAGGAAUUAGCCAUGGAACCAGCGAUCAAAUGGGCUGGCAAUCCCAACAUAAUUUUGGUGCUAAAAUGGUUGCCUUUCCGAAUUACAAUUCAGUUAGUGGAUUUACAAAUAUUUGCUGCACCGCGGAUAACUUUGAAACCUCUUGUGCCUACCUUUCCAUGUUUUGCAAGCCUAGUGCUAUCUUUGAUGGAGAAGCCACAUGUAGACUUUGGGUUGAAGAUACUGGGAGGGGACAUCAUGUCCAUACCUGGCCUUUAUCGGUUUGUUCAGGAAACCAUCAAAAGAGAAGUGGCAAAGCUCUAUCUAUGGCCUCAAACUCUUGAAAUACCCAUUCUUGAUGCUGCAACAGGUGCCAUUAAGAAGCCUGUGGGAAUACUACAUGUGAAGGUUGUUCGAGCACUCAAACUAUUGAAGAUGGACUUCUUGGGUGCAUCCGAUCCUUACGUUAAGCUCAGCCUUAGUGGAGAAAGGCUUCCAGCAAAGAAAACUACUGUCAAGAGGAAGAACUUGAACCCUGAGUGGAAUGAGAAGUUUAAGCUCAUAGUAAGGGAUCCCCAAGCUCAAGUUCUUCAGCUCUAUGUUUAUGACUGGGACAAGGUGGGGGCACAUGACAAGUUGGGAAUGCAAUUAGUUCCUCUGAAACUGUUAACACCCCAUGAGACACAGGAAUUUACACUGGAUUUGUUCAAGAACACAAAUCUUAGCGAUCCACAACAGAAGCAAAGAGGUAAAAUUGUGGUGGAGCUGACCUUUGAUCCUUUUAAAGAAGACCAUGAGUGUUACAGUGGGCCUUUGGAUGGAUAUGGAAGGAAGGAAAGCAGAAUAUCAAGGGCAUCAGACGAUGACACCCCAAGCGGAGCAGGUUUACUUUUGGUCACAAUCCAAGGAGCUGAGGAUGUAGAGGGCCAGCGCCACAAUAACCCUUAUGCUGUAAUCCUUUUCAGAGGAGAAAAGAAGAAAACAAAGAUGAUGAAGAAGACUCGUGACCCGCAAUGGAAUGAAGAAUUCCAAUUCAUGCUUGAAGAGCCUCCUCUGAGCGAGAAGAUCCAUAUUCAAGUAAUAAGCCAGCGAUCAGGAAUCGGUUUUAGGUCAAAGGAGUCAAUGGGGCAUGUGGACAUUGAUCUUACAGACGUUGUGCAUAAUGGGCGCAUCAACCACAAAUAUCAUCUCAUCAAUUCUAAGAAUGGACAAAUACACCUUGAGAUAAAAUGGAAGAUGAUCUGAGAAUUGGAACCAGCACACAAUGAAAUCUCCUUUAGCUUCUAUCAGCUCAUCAAUACAGCUUUUCUACCUCCAUACAUAGAAUGCUGAAGAUUAAUACAACCAAGAAAUUUACGAGGAAAAUGAUGUAUACCCAACUUCAUAAUAUUUUUUAAAAGAAGGGAAGAAUCCAAGUAUCAUAAGUUUAAGUUGAUGGACAUUCAUUUUUUUAUCUUCUUGAAAACGUUUUGCAACUUGUUUUACUGUCUUCAUCUUUCAAAGGAUUAUGGAUAAAGAAAUAGGAGUAUAGCAGCUUGUAUAGAAGAAUCUUAUAUAUAUUGAUGGUCUUGUAUCUGUGGAAUGAAGAAACAAAUUUUAUGUUGGAACUCA